AUGUCUUCCACUUCUACUUUACGACUACGACCAGCUCCUCAAGCCGAAAUGUCUCGAAAAACUACAUGGACAAAAUGUGUGGCCAAAUGUCACCUUGAAAGGGAACGACCCGAUUUCGCUCCAAGUCAACUACAAACAAUCGCGGAAUUCGAAGAAGGAGCAUCAGCUUAUUUAUCACAAGUCAUACCAAAGCAAGAGUCAGAUGAAACAAACGUCAAAUCCAAGGACCAACCGAUCAUAAAUCACACUCCAACACACCUGGAAGUUGAACAGCAACAAGAACAACAGUUGCAGCUGCAAUUGUUGCAACAACAACAGCAAGAGGUACUAGCUGAGCAAAAACGACAGCAUGAAGCUAAGCAAGAACAAGAGCACCAACUGAAAAUCCUUCAACAACAACAACAGGAAGAGCAUCAAAGACAGCUCUAUCACCAGCAAGUAGAAGACCAACAACAUCAAGCGCAACAAGCGCAACAAGCCCAGCAAAUUCAACAACUUCUCCGACCUCCACAAGCUCAGACAUCGUGCCAAACCCGCACAGGAACAAGACCUCCAUCAAAUGCUAGCUCUCUGGGACCUACACCUCCUGUCAUGACUUCAACACCUAUCGCCUGGGUAGUUGCAGCAGCAGAGAAGAUAGCUUCACUUCGAAACACGGCCAAAGAUCCGGUUUGUCCAGAGGUAGAAAUGGUAGAUGUUUUUCUUCCGAUUCUUGUGGAGGAGGAUCGAAUGGAUUUGGAACACCAAGAUGGUGUUGCUGAUGAUGAUAAGAUGAUCAUUGAUGGGGUUUAG